AUACAAAGAAAAGCCUAUUUGCCUAAAAUCCCGACAUUUCUAUGGCUUUGCUGCUGUGAGAAAUAAAUAUUUUCCAAGCUGGAGAGGUUGCUCCGCCCUCCUGCAGAGAUGAAGUGAUAUAAAGCCCUGAGCUCUCCUUCACUAACACCUCAGUUUGUGUGUGGUGAAGCUCAACACUUGUUGCUCACUGGAAAAUCACUCUGGAAACUCCCACUUUUUAUUUAACCUUUUGAUCCAAAUGUUCAAAUUAGAAUUAUUAGCUUUCUCUUACAUUUUUUUUGAUUCAGUGAAAUGCCUCCACAGCAAUUGGAUUCACCUGGCGUGGCUAUGUAACUGUUCAGCUUCUCUGUGCUGAUUUGGGGGCGAAAGCAUGGCUUGGUUCAGUGGGAACAUGAGUAACAUCACACUGGAGAACACGCUGUCCGGUGAUGAACCUCGAGACGAGCGCUUGGCUCAGGUGGAAAUAGCUCUUCUGUCCAUCAUCUUCGUCACGGCAGGGAUCCUAAACUUUUGGCUGUUGUUGGUGCUGUGGAAACGCAGGAAGCAGCUCUCCAGGAUGCGCGUCUUCGUGUUCCACCUGUGCGUCGCCGAUCUGGUGGUGACAUUCUUCCAAGUUUGCCCCCAACUCAUGUGGGACAUCACUGACCGAUUCAUCGGUCCAGAUAUAUUGUGUCGCGUGGUGAAAUACCUGCAGGUGGUCGGGAUGUUUGCCUCCACUUACAUGAUCGUAGUGAUGACUGUGGACCGAUAUCAAGCCAUCUGCAAGCCCAUGGUGACUUUUCAGAGGCGCAGGGCGCGUUGGAACGGUCCGGUGUGCGCAGCCUGGUGCGUCUCCCUCAUCGGCAGCCUCCCGCAGAUCUUUAUCUUCUCCCGGGUCGAGGUGGCUCCCGGAGUGUACGACUGCUGGGCGGAGUUCAUCAAGCCGUGGGGACCGAGAGCCUACGUGACGUGGACGACUUUGGUCAUAUUCGUCCUGCCGAUUCUCACCGUGAUCGUGUGCCAGGUGCGCAUCUGCCGCACUGUGCACAUCAACUUCCACAUAAAGACGCACCACGCCGGAGAGGCGACCAGAAAGGCGCUGUCCUCCAGGGCCAGCAGCGUGGCGGGGGUGUCCAAGGCGAGGGUGAAGACGGUGAAGAUGACCGUGGUGAUCGUGCUCGCCUACAUCAUCUGCUGGGCGCCUUUCUUCACUGUGCAGCUCUGGUCCGUCUGGGACGUAGAGGCGCCCACUCAGACUGCAACCUUCACCAUCCUGAUGCUGCUGGCCAGUUUGAAUAGCUGUGCCAACCCCUGCAUCUACCUGCUGUUCUGCGGGAAGCUGCCCAAAAGACUGGUGACCCUGAUGUGCGGGGGUCAGCCUGACUUGAAGGAGUCCAUGCAGGAGGAGGCCACCAUGGUCAGCUCUCUGUACAUCAGCCUCAAGAACCUGUCAGACUUCAGAUAAAAAUCUUUGUGACAGAGAAUUACUUUUUUCUCAGUUCAGACUUUCGCCUCUUGAACAUUUGUGUGAAAAUAAUGAAAAAGACUCACUGAAAUCCUCUAGCAAGUUCGAAGACAAACAUCUGAGCACAAAAGUGUUCAUCUUUGUCACACAUUUUAACACAUUUGAUGGAGCUUUUAGUAGUAAUAAGAAUAAGAAUCUAGAGGAAAAAAUAGCCACUUUUGUGCAUCUUCCAGCUUCACUGAGGUGUGCAGAACAGCAAUGACAGAGAGAUGCUUCUUAUUUCAGUAAUAACAGAAGUGCACUCUAAUUGUGAAAGAGAAAGAGCAAGUGACCACUUUACUAGUGUGACCUUCUGUGUGGAAGAAAAACACCUUCAUGAUUCUGAGGGCUGUGGUUCUUUCAUUAGUUUCUAGUUCCAUUUUCUGCUUCGUGACGGUGAGAAUGUCACACUCCUCCGGUGCCAGUCCUCUAAUUGUGCUCAGCUGAGGAAGCACAGCUGAACUCUAUGUACAAUCACUGCAGCAUUUAAGCUGGCCUCUCUGCACUACACUCUGCCGGUUCAUUGGUCCAUAUCCCACCAUCCAUGCUAUGACGCACUCAGCGGUCCCCUGCACUCCGGUCACCACCUCUUGCACGCUGCUUCCUGGACACAAGCUUCCCGUUGGACUUAUUAUCUGUUCCCCUGCCCUCGUCACAUCUCUCCCUCUGCUCCCUUCAUUCUGCCUGCUUCUGCCUUCCUCCCAUGGACACAUGUGAGUUUCCUCUCCCCUGUUAGUUUAGUUUCAUUUAGUCCUCGUUUCGGCCAUCUGGCCCGCCCUUAGUUAGUGUAGUUUUAGUUUAGCCCCCUGUUCUGUUUAGUGCCUGUGCCUCCCGUAUGGAGAGCUUUUGUGUUUCGUUCCUUUAUUAAAACCUUAUUCAUUUAUCUACCUGCCUGUCUAUUGCCGCUGCUUGGGUUCACCCGCCCCGUUGUAUGACAGAAGCAAGCCAAGUUCCUCAGAACAGAUGAUGAUGAAUCACACUUGCACCCCUUGAGCCAUAGUUUGCACCUGCUGGCACAGCACAGCACUCCCAAUUUCUGAUAAAUAAAACAGGAAACAGCAUUUGUUUUCAUUUGAAAACAAAAUAAUGAACACUGCAUCAUGAGGAAAUGAGCUUUGUUAUCUUGAGGUAACAGGAUAAACUAACUUUUGUAAGCAUCUGCUUGUAAGUUAGUAUUGAUAUUUUAUUGCAUGCAAUAUUGUCCUUAAUGGGGUUGUGUAAUUCUCUCAUUUUCAGUAUAGCUCUACUGUGUAAAUCACGUUUUUCACUUAACAGUAUAUUUCUGUGUGUGUAUAUUCAUCAGAUGUCCGUUGACUUUCAUUCAUGUACAUAUGCCUACAUAAUGACAAAUCUGUAAGUUUGUGGUCAAAUAAGUUAUCAGAUUAUGCAGUUUCAUUAAUGUUGCUCAUGUUGCUAAUUGAUAAAUAUUGCAAUAUGUUUACAUUUUCACACUUUUUCCCGUCAGUCCUUAAGGAGUGAUGACCUCUUAAGUGUUAUCAAAUAAACCGUUGUGAAUUGUC